AUGACGAAAACUCAGAGAGAGCACGUCGAAGAGUUUGGGCGAAUUGGUGCAUUGUUUAAUCGUGCUAUUGCAUCUUCAUCGCAGCGCGAAAAAGAUGCUAAUCUUGCAGAGUUAAAGAAAACAUCAGUCGAAGAAGUACAAACACUCGAAGAACAAAUCAUUUCAAAUGCGAAUAAACAAAAACAAUUAGAAGAAUUACAAAAGAAUUACGAAAUUUUGAAAAAGCAACAUGCAAUUAUGCAACAAAAUCAGCUAUUAUUAGAAAAAAUUUUAACAAAAGAUCAAAAAAUCGAUGUUAAAAAGAUGCUCAAUACAAUAUCUGAACUAGAAAAUGACAUUCAAUCAUUAAGCACGCUUCAAAGACCAAAUUUAGUAAAAAACGUAUCUGCCAAAGAAUCAAGACUUGGAAUUAGACUAUAUGAUGUUAAAUUACAACGAGUUGAAGAGUUGAUUUAUGCUUUUAGAAAGCGUAUUUUAGAGGUUGAUAAAAAUGAACAAUAUUCUUCACAGAUACAAUCAGAGUUUGGUAACAAUGUUGGCUUACUUACAACAUAUAAAAACAUAUCGAAGGAAAAUGAACAACUAAAACAAGAAGAAUUUCAAUGCUCACAUGAUGUCAUUACAAAAAGACGUAAUAUUACAAAUAUGACAGAUGCAUCGAUUAGAACUAUGAUAAUAUUUAUGCAGCAAGAGUUACAGACAGAAUUAAAAGCAAUUAAAACUUUACAUGAUACAAAGUACAAAAUUGACUCAAAUCCAAUCGAGAGUAUUCUAAAUAGUCCUGAUUUUAAACAUAAUCUUCCAAUAGAACAUCCUGCUAAAAAGAUACAGGCAAUGAAACAAAGUCUCAAUUCUGUGAUUCAAGAUCUUAAAAAUGUAAAAGGCCCUGAUGCAACAAUGCUCAAGCAAGCUCAUGACAAUGAAGCUAAAAACCUUGAAUUAAUGGCAUAUCUUCUGAAUAAGAUGACAACAAUCUCCAAAUCAGUAGAUUCAGCUAAUGACGCCAUUCAAGAUCUAACAACACAACUAUAUCAAAGAACUAUUGAACUUAGAAAGGCUAAAAAUGAGUAUCAUGUCAUUUUUGAUCCAUAUCAAGAUUUAUUAAAUUCUUACGUAAAAUUAUUAGGUAAUCAAAGAAAUAAUAUAUCAGUUUCAACAACACUUUCAUCAAUUAGCUCUUUGUUCUCACUUAAAGACAACAAUCUCAAAAGCUUUCUCGAAUCUGCUAUUUCUAAUGUUAAACUCACUGGAGUUAAAUCGAAUCCGAGACCAGCAAGAAAACUUGCAGAUGUUCCUGCUUCUAAUACUGGAUCUAAAUCUAAAUUCCAUCUCAAGAACCUAAAUCAAUCACCAAGUUCAUCGAAGCAUGGCUCAUCGGUGACAUCAAAUGUUACAUCAACAGAUCCAUCACCUGCUCCUUCGGCCAAAUUGUCCAGAACAAAUUCAGUUGUCAGUCAUAAUUUAGAGAAAACAGAUAAAAUCCAUUUGAGCGAUCCAUUCUUCAAUUUAUUAUUGACAUCAAUUCUUGGAGAAAUUAUGGCUCCUAUAUAUUCUAGUAAGACAACAAGAUUAACACCAAUCUGGAAGAAUUUACAUGACAAAUUUAUUGUUUCCAUUGAAAAUACAGAUAGAGAAUUUGGAGAAGAAUUGCACAAAAUGAUAGAGAAACUUCAGAUAUCUUCUCAUGAAAUACUUGUUAAAGAAAAGACAGAGAAUGAAGCUCAAACAGAAAAUCCAGAAAUGAUUGAUAUAGAGAUUCAAACAGAAGAUACAAAACCUUUGAAAGGAAAACGAUAA